AUGAGCAACACCACAAGCCCGGUCGGGGCCUUCCCGCCUCCGCCGGGCGUCACGCCGAAUUUCAGUGAUCCCACAGAUGCCGGUUGGACGUUGAAUGUUGCUGGGAUGAGUGUGAUGGCUGCUGUCACGACGUGUUUUUUUGGGAUAAGGACAUACGUAAAGUUCUCCUACGGGAGCCAGUUUCUCCCUGAAGACUGGACAUGUGCGAUCGCAUAUGCCCUCAUCAUACUUUACACCUCGACGGUGUUUGUCAUGGCACACUAUGGCGAAGGAUAUCACGCUUGGGACUUAACGAAAGAGUCCUAUCAAGAAGUGAUGAGGUGGCUCUACGCAAGCUCCAUCAUUUAUUGUCCCGCCGCCUAUUUCACGAAGGUCACCCUCCUCCUCCUCGAAGCUCGAGUUUUCUCCAUCCAUGAAAAGGUCGCCCGCGGCAUCAGGAUAUUCGUAAUCAUCCUCCUCGUAUGUUACAUUCCAAUCCAAACGCUCAAGACGAUCAUCUGCAUCCCAAUCUCUGCCUUCUGGGACCCGCACACCCCGAACCCGAAAUGUCUCAAUCAGCGGAAAAUAUUCAUUGCCGAUCUUGCACUAGCGAUCAUAACCGACUUUUUUAUUCUUUGCAUCCCAUUUCCCCUGCUCUGGGGUCUCAGGAUGCCACUUCGGAAGAAGCUGAAAAUUCUUGUCCUCCUCGGGGCUGGGGGUGUGGCCACGGCCGUGACGAUAUAUCGAUUGUAUCUGGUCAUCCUAUUUCUUUCAUCCACAGACGUAACAUCCGACUUCGUCGUUCUGGAUCUCGUAACGCGAGUAGACCCGAAUUCGGUAGAUCUGUUAACGCAACUGACGUUGCACAGGUGUCUGGAACUCGUCAUCGGCAUUGUAUGCGCCUGUCUGCCGUCAACAAAUAUUCUUUACGAACGGAUCCGCCGAGGUCAACCUGCAAAGACAGGUAACCUCCCGGAUAAUACUAGUGACUACCAGAAGAAAAGCGACAACUCAUCUUACUGGUGGAGUAUGAUGACUGGGAAGCAAACCCGACCUGCGCGAACCGAAGUGGCCACUGUCGCCGAGGUGGUACGAAGCCCCAAUCAUGCCGCGACAUUCGAUACGGAGCUUGCGAUCUUAAAUGGACAACCUAUGGGUAUGCGUCCUCCCACUGGUGAAACGGAUCAGAAAUCGCCAUCCCUCUCGAUACUUGUACACAACGACGAGGAAUGGACGUAUGAUCCACGGGCGAACUCCAUGGACGGCCGACGCGAAGGAUGGCUCGCGCCCGGUGGCGAGAGCUCCGUACAAGGGGCGUCACCGGCCAAGUCUAUUAACUGGCAGGAUCACGCACUGGAAGCUAGGAGGUCAUGGGAGGCUGUAUGGGAGCGAGCAAUACCGGCCGAAGGGCUGCACCCUAUACCGGAGGUUGGAACGGCGGGUCCGCCCCGAUUAAAGCUCACAACUCACCCACCGCCCGACUGGGACGACUUGGAUCAUGGACCAUAA